GGCUUCGACUUCAUUGAAUUUUUUUUCCAGCUGUUCGACGUCCGGUCUGUCACAGCGACGGGAUGAACUGACGCUGCACGGAUCUCAGAGAGGAACCGGAUCCCUUCCUCCCUCCGAACGGCAGCUCGGCAGCUCAACUCAACCCCAACUCAACCCAGCCCAGCCGUCGUCGACCCUAGAGAAUCUGCGAGGAGCAGCAGCGGAGAAGAAGAAGGAGACGGUGGUCUCUCUCCGCCAUGGCCAGCUCGUCUGCCGACCCGGAGAAGCUCAUGGCCAAGGCCGACAAACUAACAAAACUGAGCUUCACAAGAUGGAAUGCUGAUUGGAAGAGUGCUACCGCCUUGUACGAACAAGCUGCAAUUGCUUAUAGAUUCAGAAAGGACAAUGAGAAAGCAAAGGAUGCAUUUGAGAAGGCUUCAAAAGGACAAGAAAUGAUCUCAUCACCGUGGGAUGCUGCUAAGCAUAUGGAAAAUGCUGGUGCUUUAGCAAAGGAGCUUGGACUCUGGAAUGAAGUUUCGGACUUUUAUCGCAGAGCAUCAGAAUUUUACCGUGAAUGUGGAAGAUCGCAACCUGCCUCUGAUGCUCUUGCAAAGGGUGCCAGUGCCUUGGAAGAUAAAGCUCCAGAAGAAGCAACUAAAUUGUAUGAUGACGCUUGCACACUUCUAGAAGAAGAUGGAAAGGAGCAGAUGGCUUUUGACUUGUACCGUGCUGCUGCAAGUUUAUAUGUGAAGCUUGAGAAGUACUCGGAUGCCGCUGCAUUCCAUUUAAGACUUGGUUCAGCUGCUGAUAAGUGCAAUGCCGUCAACAGCCAAUGCAAGGCCUAUCUGAGUGCAAUCAUUAUCUACCUUUAUGCACAUGAUUUUCAACAAGCUCAGAAAUGCUACAAUGAUUGCUCAGAGGUUCAAGGCUUCCUGAAUAGUGACCAGAAUCGAUGUGCAAUGAAACUGUUGUCUGCUUAUGAGGAAGGUGAUGCUGAAGAAAUCAAGCGUGCUGCUCAAUCAAGUGCCAUUAAUCACCUCGACCAUGUGGUAAUUCGGCUCGCAAGGAAGCUACCAACAGGUGACCUGCAGGCCAUCAAGAAAGAUGUAGGAGGCGACGACGGGGAUUCCUUGGACGAGGAUGACCUAACUUGAUCCCAAACGUGCCCAGCGAGAUGCAGAGAGAAGCACAAUCAAUCGAGUGACUCAAACUAUGUGCCGUUGAUGAACAGGAAAGGUUGUAAAAACACAUUCUGAAUUACAUAGAAACUUGUAGGCUGCAUCUGUAUCAUGGAUUGUGAUCCCCUUAUUUUCGUUGUUUUGGAUCUGUGCACAUACAUCCUACACCUAUACUGCUGGUUUGCUGUUGCCACAUUCUUAUUUGUUCGAUUACCUGGACAGUGUUCUGUUAUUUGUAUAUACACCAGCAUAUGCUGAAGGACAAACGGAUUCCACAGGUC